CUCGUCAAGCUUAGCUUAGCGCAGUCUUAGAAACAUGAAUCACGUGCAUUGUUUCGUUCCAAAGUUCAUCUCAAUUUCUGCCAGGCAAGUUACGAAAGCCAACAACAACCACCACAUUUUUUGAUCCUACUUCUGUUUUAUGGUUUUUAUUUCUCUGGUUGCAUUGUGCGAACGAUUCAAAUGUCUAAACAAUACUCAGGACCUAUUCCUUCAAAGCUUACAUUACUUGCCAACCUUCUACAGUUUUCACAGGGGGACAAAGUCCGAUUCUUGGGAUGGUAUGAUUAUUCUCUCUUCUGUUUUAUUUCCUUUUUACACCUCAAAUAUCUCACUGUUACUACAAUUUUUAUCAAACACACACAUUAGGAGAAGAAUCCUCCUGAUUUUGCCAAAGCUUGGCUGCUUACCAAGUCUGGGUUGAGCUACCCAAGUACUCGUUGCAAAAAUCCAAAGUCCCUAUAUCAGAAAAAAGGUGAACUGACACCGCACCGUAUAUAGUGUGACAAGCUAUGACAAAACUUCUGCCGUUCUUACCUUGGAACAUAACUUUCCUGUUGACAACGGAUUCAAAGCCUUUGUCAACAUUCAACUUCUGUUGAAUAGUGUACAGUCCCACGAGACUAAAAUUGGAGAGUGGGUCAAUGUUGUGGGUUAUGUAGUCGACAUAGGUGAAUCCCAAGACUCCAAAGUCUGUCUAUCUGGGUCCGGAAUCGCUAUUCAAGCAAUUGUAUUAUGGUCAUCUGGUCCCAUACAGCUCGAUGCGUAUGAAAGAAGCCUUAUGCCCUGCCAUUGAGAAAGCGAAGGCUGUAACGUGCUAGUACAACGCUGGUAGGUAUAGACAGGUCGAAUUUGUCCGUGGUCUGAGCAAGCUAAAGAGUGCAUCGCCAGACAUUUUGCGACUUGCAUAGAGAAGCGGAGGCGUUCUGCCAAAUGUUCAAUAAUCAUACUGAGAAGCUUAGCAUGAUCUCCACCAGCUGGAUUUUAUAUGGUGCAUUGCGCAAGAUUUUCCGUGCCCGCCAUUUUUCUGACAGCCUCAGAGCAGAGGAACUGAUCUUACCACUUGAGGUCGUGCAUUACGAAGUUUCUUAUCUCCCUUCUAUGAUUCAAUCACCACCUAAAUCAUCACAAUUUCAUAGAUCAAUCAGUGAUCCAGUAGCACACACUAUCAUGAAGCUACGCGGCGCGAAGUAUCACCUUUGAGGCUACCGAGACUGAGGAUCGAGGCUUGCAACGCUUUAACACACCAGCUUCAGUAUUCGCUCCUUCCAUGGUCCCAAAUUAUCAAGUUUUCGAUACAGAACGAAUGUCAAUGGCUAUAUUUGAGCUGUGGCAUGGAUUUUAUUAUCGAUAUGGCCAUCACAAAAUUUUAGCCAUGAAGACCCGAUACUCUCUCUGCACUGAGAUAGAAUGCUGCAAUACACGUUUUAUCUCGCUUCUUCCUUGGCUGCAGACCAAUUCAGCCUAACGCGCUAUUCAGUUGAACUUGAGAAAUAGCCUUACCUCAAUGUUGAUGUUCGGGGCUGUGAGACC